UAGUUGAACGACAAUAAGGAAUGAAGCUUCUUGUCUUAUCAGUAUAUUUAACUGUCACUCUAGGCCUUCAUGAAGGUUCCUUUAUCCCUCCGUAUCAAGAGGGUGAACCAUUGGCUAUGUCAGUUGUAGCUCUGGAUCCUCCAGACUUUCGAGGAGCAGAGGUUUACAGGAUAGAGUUUGAUCUUCUCAUCAAGAGUGGGGAAGUUGAAGCUGGUAUGAUCCAUAGAUCUUUGGCAGAUUUUGAAAAGUUCAACGACAUUCUUCACUCAAGGUUUUUCACCUUUGGAAAUGUAAAUGAUGUUGUCUUCCCUGAAAAUCCAGAUAAAGAUUCAUUAAAUGACUACCUACAAGCUGCUAUUGCUCACGAAAAGGUGUUUAAAUCAACUGAGCUUCAGGAUUUCUUGGGAAUUAACUGGUCAGGAUUUGAUUUAAAGUUUAUGGAGUCUCUCCCUGAGUUUAUGAAAAUUGUCAUCCCUCAACUUUACAGAGCUCCUGAAUUUGCUCCUGAACCCCCAAUUUUCUCAUGCGAAGAAGAUUCUAUUACAGCACCUGAAACCCCAUUUGAGGUUUACACUUAUUUGCAGGCAUUCAGAGCAAGAGGAAACUUAGAAGAGUAUUUAAAUUUUUUCAACACAUUUGUAAGUACUUAUCCUUCAUUUGCUGGAUUAGAAGAUGAUUCAGAUGUUCAGCCUACUGGAGUGUCUGUUGACAUCCCUUCCCAUUUCAACCAGACAUAUGUACACUUUUUGCCUGGUGGAUACCUUAAUGGACACACUGUCAGGAUCUCAUAUUUGGGACGUUCAAAGUUCAAUUUUCUCCAUGAGGACCUAUUGACUGAAUGGCUCAUCAAGCUGCAUGGAGAUAAGAAACCCAAGAGAAUUUUAGAUAUUGGAACUGGACCGGGGUUUUCAGCAUUUGUUCUAGCUAAAAUCUUUCCUGAUGCAGAGGUUGUUGCUGUUGAUCUUGCUGCUCCGUACAUCAGAAUGGCAAGACAAUGGCAGUCAUUGAGAAAUGUGAGUAACAUUGAAUUUUAUCAUGCCAAUGCUGAAGACCUUUCCUGGCUGGAAUCUGAGUCUUUUGACUUUAUCAACUAUGCCUAUGUACUCCAUGAAAUGCCAGCAGAGAACGCUCUUCGGAUUAUUUCAGAAAUGUACAGGCUCACAGCUCCUGGGGGAACCAUGAAUGGAUUUGAAGUUCCUUAUCCUGAUAACGUUGUUGAGAGAUUUGCUCUUGUAGAGUUCAAUACCUGGGGACAUGUCUGGGAUGCCCCUGGAGAAAAAGGACCUGAACCUUAUAUGAUGGAGUAUGAAUUUGGUACAAUGAUCACACAAGCACUGGAUGCUGUUGGAUUUAAAGAUUUAGAAAUUGUUGAGUAUUCUUACUUUGAAAGUGUUUUCAUUGCAACAAAGAAUUAGAUAAAAAAUGGAUACAAAGUUGGUAAA